AUGAUUCACUGGAUGCUACUCUUGUUCUCACCGGUGUUUGGCGAUGUUUUCGAAGACUGCCAUCGACUAGGCAAAAAAUGGAAAGAUCCUUUUAGACAAGUGAUAAAAAAUCCGGAUUUCUUCAAGAAAUAUAAAUGUGAUUUGGAAGCAAGAGCAGAAUUCUCAGCAUUUUACGGGAAAUCAGUGAAGGGAUUUACAAGCCUCAAUUAUCCAUAUAGUAUUCCAUCAGAAGACCCCAAGUCCCUAUUUCAAACUGUCAGCGAUUUCAUCACCAGCAUGGCUGCUAUAUUCAAUGAGCUUGUGGCUUGUUCAAAGGGUGUAGGAUGUGGAACGUAUGAACAUGAAGAUAAAUACGACGGAAUCAUCUCAUGUGUUUUUGAUACUACUAAUUCAAAAUGCAAACUUUCGGAACUAAAACUCAAGUACUUGCAGAAGUCUUCUCUUAAGAAUGGUCAAGAAUCUCCCAAGCAGUUAUGGGUAACCUAG